AUGGUUGAAGAAAGAAGCACACGGAUGAUCGAUCAGCUCAGAGAAGCCGCCGAGGAUCAUCGAAUGAUCACGUUCGCACGCACUCGCGGCACAGGCGGCUGCACGGGAAAAAGACACGAUGAAUUCGGCAACAUCCACCUUUUGGAUCAUACGAAAGAAAGAGAAGAAAAGAAAGAGAAAGAGAAAGAAAGAAAGAAAAAAAAGAAAGAAAGAGUAAGCAAGCAAGUGAAAGAAGAAUUUCGAUUAAUCGAAAAUUCGGCUAUUUUGAGGGAUAAUCGACGUCCUCAGGAGAGAAUAAGUGCAGUGGAGUUUGCAGUGCGAGCAACAAGCGCCGCGGACCGACUGGCUGCCGAGCUGCCCGUCCGACUACCUCACGCAAAGCGACACCUGUCCAAACAGUUCGACGGCCUCCGGGACAGUGCAGUGUCAGAUGCCAUUUGGAAAGUCUUAGAUUUAGUAUAUAAGUCAGGUCAAUUAAAGCUUUUUUCUACAGUAAAAAAAUGCAUAUUCCCCAUUCGAUGCGUCGCACGCCAUCAUAAAGCAUUCGUGUCUCAUAUAUUCCAGGCGCCCGUUCAGUCAUUGGAACAACUGGCCAGACAAUCCAGGAUUAAUUACACCGUCGUUGCGAAUUCAGACACACAUCGCUAUUUCAUCAACAUGAAGUUCGCAGAGGACACAUUGUACCGGGUUUGGAAAGAAAUUACUCUAAACAGCACCAGUGACCAAACCCAGUAUCGCGUUUGGGAUUAUCCAAUCAAGGAACAAUAUGGCCACAUUUUGAUGGCCAUCAAUUCAUCGAUGCCCGUGGAAAACGCUACCGUCGGCUUCUUAAAAGUCAAUCAACAUGAAGACGCCGACUUCGCUUUCAUUCACGACUCGGCGGAAAUCAAAUACGAAGUAACACGGAAUUGUAAUCUCACCGAGGUAGGAGAGAUAUUUGCUGAGCAACCGUAUGCAGUAGCUGUUCAGCAAGGAAGCCAUUUACAAGAUGAGAUCAGCCGAAAAAUUUUAGAUCUUCAGAAAGACAGAUAUUUUGAACAGUUGUCUAAUAAAUAUUGGAAUCAAUCUGCUAAAGGCCUUUGUCCGAAUACAGACGAUAGCGAAGGCAUCACACUAGAAAGUCUUGGUGGCGUUUUUAUAGCAACAAUAUUUGGUUUGGUAUUGGCAAUGAUCACUUUAGCAGGAGAAAUUUUCUAUCACAAGCGCAAAAAACGUAAUAAUGUGCAGCAGGUCAAACCAGCAGUGGUUCAGCCUGGAUACAAUUAUGGUGCAGACUACGACCCUCCACUCAAAGAAAGGCCUUUAAGAAGAGUUACAAUAGGAACCAGCUUUCGUCCAGUGAUCGAGAAGAAUCCGCCGCGUGUGUCGUACGUGUCCGUAUUUCCUCGGCAGCAGUUACAUCCAUGACCUCCGAUCAGAGGAAAUUACCAGGAAUAU